AUGCCUCGACGGUCCGAGGAACUCCAGCAGGUGAUUAAGGAGGUGACGUCACAGCUUGGGGAAGACGAAGAGGGAGGGGAUCGUGUCGCGCGAAGUGCGGAUAGCGACAAAGAGGCCCGCGGAGGGGGACGAGAGGAGGGGAAUGACGGGGGAAGCGCGGAAGCAAACGCGGAAGCAAACGCGGAGAUGAAUGCGGAAAGGGAUGAUGAAGAGACUCCUUCACGAGCGAGAGAAAGCGCGGCGGAGGAAGGGGAAGGCGGAGGGGAAUCUGCGGAGGGCGCGGAACGCGCGGAAGGCGGAGAGUUGGCGGGCGACGCGGAGGAUAAGCGAGAGAAGCGCGGAGAGGAGGAGGAAGAGAAGGCUGAGGCUGGGGAAGAGAAGCGCGAAAAUGUAGUUCCCCCCGCGGAUGACGACGAAGUGGCGGAGCGGAAGGCGGAAAAGGCGGACGCGGCUGAAGAUGAUGCCGGCGAGGGGGAGGGUGGGGGGAAGGCGGAUAUGCAGAGGAAGGAGAGGAGUGAGGAUGGUGACGAGGGAGAGGCGGAAACAGAGGGGGACGGUGAAGGGGACGGCGAGGGGCGGCGUGUGAGGAAGGAAACUCCGGAGAUUCCGGAGGCAGACGAUGGCCCGCGCGCGGAAAAGGAGGAGGAUGACGCGGAAGGAGGCGAUGAUGACGUGUCGAAGCGGACGCGCGGAAAGGGAAGGGAGCGGGGGGAGGAAGAGGGUGAAGAUUUGCUUGUGGAUUCUGCGGGGAAGCGGGGGACUAGGGGGGGAGAUGCGGAAGAAGGGGGAGAUAUCGACGUGGGGGAGGAGGAGGGAAAGAGGGGAAAGCGUGGUGGUGGGGACGAGGAGGAUGAGAGUGGAGUGAGGGAGAAGGGAGCGAGGAAGGAGGAAGGAGAGGAGGAGGACGGAGAAGGGAGGGAGAAGGGAGGGGAGAAGGAGGAAGAGAUUGGGGAGGAGGGUGAGGGGGGCAAGAGGAGGAGCACCGAGGAUGAUGAGGGGAGGAAAGGGAGUGAGGAGGGAGACGAGGAGGAUCGACCGCGCGCGAAGGCAGCAGGUGAUGACGAGAGGGAGGAGGGCGAAGAGGGGAUUAGGGUGCGAGAGAAGAAGAUCGAGGAGGAGGGAGAGGGAGAGGGUGAGGGAGAGGGAGAGAGGGAGGGAGGUGAUGAGGGGGAAAUGGGGGUGAGGAAGAAGGGGAAGGGGAAGGAUAAGAAGAAAAAGAGCAAGAAGGAGAAGAGGAAGAAGAAGAAGGGGAGGAAGGAGAGGCUUGUGGAGGGUGGGGAGGAGCUGGGGGAGAAGGAGAAGAUAGAGGGGAAGAGUGAGGAGGAGGGUGGUGGUGGGAGCGGUGGGGUGGAUGAGGCGAAUGACAUGGAGAAAUCGGAGGAGAUAGAUGAUGAGAAUCAGGUGCAGCGAGAAGAACGGGCAGAAGCAGCGGAGCUAGAUGGAAAGUUUGAUGCAGCUGACGCAGCCAACACAGCCGAUGCAGGCGGGGCAGGUGGGGCAGGAGAAGCAGGAGCAGCAGGAACAGCAGGAGCAGCAGGGAUGGAGGAGGAAAUGGCAGGAGCUGCAGUGACGCCGGGACAAGACGAGAUGAUUCCCGGAUCAGGUGUGACUGACCGCACCAGCACCGCCAGUGGGGCUGGUACAGUUGGAGGUUCGGAAGGAGGCUCGGAGCCGAUUACAGGCGCGGGGGUGGGUGGCGAUGUGUUCGGGCGGGCGGGGGAAGGGGGGAGCGCAGGUUCGGGGGAAGGGGGGAGCAUGGGCGCGGGGGAAGGCGGCAUGGGCGCGGGGGAAGGGGGGAACAUAGUCGUGCGCGACGGGGGGGGCAUGGGUGCGGUGGUGAGUGAGGAGGAAAUGGAGAUAUUGAAGCACCUGCAGGAGGAUGUGGCGGUGAGAAUGAGUGAGGAGGAGCAGAUGGAGCUGGAGGCAGGCGCUGUGGCGGAUGCUGAUGCCCACUCGUCGUACAUGCAGGAGGUCAUGGGUAUCAGGCGCAACUUCAAACCGACCCUUAUGGGCAUGAAGGACAAGGCGAGCAAGCACGUGCUGCCACACAUAUCCCAGAUCGCCCGCACGUCCCGCCUGGCCUUCCUCAAGACCAGCUCGCACCUCACCUCACAGAUCACGCCCUACUUCGGCUCCUCAUCCCCGCUCCUCGCCACUCUCCUCUCCUACCUCCUCCUCCUCCUCCCCCUCGCGCUCGUCAUCGGUCUCUUCGUGCGCAUGCGAGCGGCCCUCUCUCUCCGCCGCAUCGUGCACCUGGCGAACCUCUACCUGUUCCUCUACUGCUUUGUACUCCUUGUGGCGUGCUUCGUUAUAAGCGCGGAGCCGAUGGCGAGUCUGAAGAAGGUCGCGGAGCAUAACUACUUUGUGCUGCAGCUGCUGCAGGGAGCGGGCUAUCUGUGCUACCUCGCCCUCCAGGGCCUGUCUCUCUGUGUGACGAUCCGCUCGUCCGAGAGAGGGCAGGGCAAGUUCAUUCGCCUGCGCGCUGUGUUGCAGCUGCUGGUGGCGCUGGGGGUGGGGCUGCACGCCUACAUCACUAUCUUUGAACGUGCCAUGCUCGACCUGCCCCCCAAUGCCUCUGCUGGCGCGUAUGCGAUUUAUGCUGCGUGCUUCUUCUUCCUUGUGCUUAUAUCGAGGGGCCCCAAGCGGCACGAGGAUAAGGACAAGUAG